CAGCGCCUCUCCGCCGGCCUGUGCCGACUCGGACCCUGGAGCCUCGGAAUCCGGACUGCCGGUGCGCAGGGGCUCAGGCUCGGCUCUUGGCGUUCCUCUGGAUCCCCAGUUUGUCGGACCCUCGGACGCCAACCUGGGCGGUGCGCCAGGCCCCCGGGUCUUGCCCUGCGGCCCCAGUCCACAGCACCACCGGGCCCUACGCUUCUCCUACCACCUGGAGGGCUCACAGCCUCGGCCUGGGCUGCACCAGGGAAACCGGAUCCUAGUUAAAAGUUUGUCCCUUGACCCUGGCCAGAGCCUUGAACCUCAUCCAGAAGGUCCCCAUCGUCUUCGCUCAGACCCAGGCCCCCCAACUGAAACUCCUAGCCAGCGUCCUUCACCACUGAAGCGCGUACCGGGCCCAAAGCCACAAGUACCUCCUAAGCCCAGCUACCUGCAGAUGCCCCGGAUGCCCCCCCCACCUGAGCCCAUACCCCCUCCACCAUCACGCCCACUUCCUGCAGACCCCCGAGUGGCCAAGGGCCUGGCCCCCAGGGUGGAGGCCAGCCCCAGUUCUGCAGCAGUAUCCUCACUGAUUGAGAAGUUUGAAAGAGAGCCCGUGAUUGUCGCCUCGGAUAGGCCAGUCCCUGGCCCCAGCCCAGGUCCCCCAGAGCCAGCCAUGUUGCCACAGCCACCCCCGCAACCACCAGUACCCCAGCUCCCCGAGGGCGAGGCCUCCCGCUGCCUGUUUCUGCUGGCUCCUGGGCCCCGGGACGGUGAGAAGGUGCCCAACCGGGACAGCGGCAUUGACAGCAUCAGCUCGCCAUCCAACAGCGAGGAGACCUGCUUCGUCAGUGAUGAUGGGCCCCCCAGCCACAGCCUCUGCCCCGGGCCCCCUGCCCUGGCCAGUGUGCCUGUUACCUUGGCCGACCCCCACCGGCCUGGCUCCCAGGAGGUUGACAGUGACCUGGAGGAGGAGGACGACGAGGAGGAGGAUGAGAAGGACAGAGAAAUCCCAGUACCCCCGAUGGAGAGACAGGAGUCUGUAGAGUUGACUGUGCAACAGAAGGUGUUUCACAUUGCCAAUGAGCUUCUGCAGACUGAGAAGGCUUACGUUUCUAGGCUCCAUCUCCUGGAUCAGGUGUUUUGUGCCCGGCUGCUGGAAGAAGCUCGGAACCGCAGUUCCUUCCCGGCUGACGUUGUCCACGGCAUCUUCUCUAACAUCUGCUCCAUCUAUUGCUUCCACCAGCAGUUCCUGCUGCCUGAGCUAGAGAAGCGCAUGGAGGAAUGGGACCGCUACCCACGAAUUGGAGACAUCCUACAGAAGCUGGCACCCUUCCUCAAGAUGUAUGGCGAAUAUGUAAAGAAUUUUGACCGGGCUGUGGAGCUGGUCAAUACUUGGACAGAGCGUUCCACCCAAUUUAAAGUCAUCAUCCAUGAGGUGCAGAAGGAGGAAGCCUGUGGCAACCUGACAUUGCAGCACCACAUGCUGGAGCCCGUGCAGCGCAUCCCCCGCUAUGAGCUACUUCUCAAGGACUAUCUGUUAAAGCUGCCCCAUGGCUCCCCGGACAGCAAGGAUGCCCAAAAAUCUCUGGAGCUGAUAGCCACAGCAGCAGAGCACUCUAAUGCUGCCAUCCGCAAAAUGGAGCGAAUGCACAAGCUGCUGAAGGUGUAUGAGCUGCUAGGGGGUGAGGAGGACAUUGUCAGCCCCACUAAAGAGCUCAUAAAAGAAGGCCACAUCCUUAAGCUGUCAGCAAAGAAUGGGACCACUCAAGACCGAUACCUCAUACUAUUCAACGACCGCCUCCUUUACUGUGUGCCCAGGCUGCGGCUCCUUGGCCAGAAAUUUAGCGUGCGGGCACGCAUUGAUGUAGAUGGCAUGGAGCUAAAGGAAAGCUCCAACCUCAAUCUGCCUCGGACCUUCCUGGUGUCAGGAAAGCAGCGCUCCCUGGAGCUUCAGGCCAGGACUGAGGAGGAGAAGAAAGACUGGGUCCAGGCCAUCAACUCCACCCUCCUGAAGCAUGAACAGACGCUGGAGACCUUCAAACUAUUGAACUCAACAAACAGGGAAGAUGAAGACACCCCCCCCAACUCUCCAAACGUGGAUCUUGGGAAGCGGGCACCUACACCUAUCCGGGAAAAGGAAGUCACCAUGUGCAUGCGCUGCCAGGAGCCCUUCAAUUCCAUCACCAAACGCAGGCACCACUGCAAGGCCUGUGGGCAUGUGGUUUGUGGGAAGUGCUCCGAGUUCCGGGCCCGCCUCGUCUAUGACAACAACCGCUCCAACCGUGUGUGCACUGACUGCUACGUGGCCUUGCACGGGGUGCCUGGGAGCAGUCCAGCUUGCAGCCAGCAUACACCCCAGCGCCGGAGGUCCAUCCUGGAGAAACAGGCCUCAGUGGCUGCGGAGAACAGCGUCAUCUGCAGUUUCCUGCACUACAUGGAGAAGGGUGGGAAAGGAUGGCACAAGGCAUGGUUCGUGGUCCCUGAGAAUGAACCCUUGGUGCUGUACAUCUAUGGAGCCCCUCAGGAUGUGAAAGCCCAGCGCAGCCUGCCCCUCAUUGGCUUUGAGGUGGGGCCUCCAGAGGCAGGGGAGCGGCCUGACAGACGACAUGUCUUCAAGAUCACCCAGAGCCACCUCAGCUGGUACUUCAGCCCUGAGACAGAGGAGCUACAACGACGCUGGAUGGCCGUGCUUGGCCGGGCGGGCCGUGGGGACACGUUCUGCCCAGGGCCCACACUGUCUGAAGACAGGGAAAUGGAAGAGGCACCAGUGGCUGCUUCAGGAGCCACUGCUGAACCCCCAGAGUCCCCCCAGGCCCGAGAUAAGACCUAGAGGGUUUGAGGCAAACUGAGAGCCCCCAGCCCCCACCCCCCACACUCUAGCUGCCCAUGUCUGAUUGGGGGGCUCCAGCCCCUUCCUUCCCAGCUUAGUUAAUACUUGAACUCCCAUCACGGGCACUUUCAAUCCCGAAUGCUGGGUCCUGGGUUUUUUAAUUCAUCUUUUCACAAAACAUGGGCUUUUAAAAAAUAUAUUCCUACAGUAAUGUUAAUUUUUUAAAAUCUCUGUCCCCAGGAUGGGUGGGAGCUGUUGCUAGACCUGCCUGAAUAAGGCCAUUUUUCCCCCCAUCACCCUACUACAGAUCUUGCCUCCGCCCACUUGCCCCCAAAGAAUCAGAGGCAGGAGACCUGACCAAGUGCCAGUUCUGCCACUGACCCUGGGACCCUAACCCAUCCCUGCUUCCUUAGCCAGUGUCUUCACAUGACUCUGGGUGGUGACUGACCCCUCCUGUCUUUCCCAUGGCUUACAGCUUCUACCUGGCCCCAAGACUACCCAGUAUUUUAUCGUCCAAACCCAUGGCAGGGCCACUGGGCAGGACAGGGGAAACGGGGGAGGACAACGAAUAACUGUUUUGUUGUUGGUUUUUUUUUUUUUUUUUUUUUAAGAAAAAUACAAUUUAUUUCAGGCUUACAGUAA